GCUGGCCACAUUAUGAAAGCCAAAAUUGCUGCUGAACGUUUAGUACAAAUUAAUCCUAGCACGGUGGCUAAUGGAUAUGUCAUGCAAAUACCAAUGCCUGGACAUACUAUUGGCGAAGCCCAAAAAUCCGAAACAGAAGCUGAUAUUAAUAAAAUAAAAGAACUAGUCACUCAACACGAUGUUAUAUUUUUAUUAACCGAUUCCAGAGAAAGUCGAUGGUUACCUACUUUAUUAGGCGCUGCACAUAAAAAGAUUGUUAUUAAUACAGCCUUAGGUUUUGAUAGCUAUUUGGUAAUGCGACAUGGUAGCACCAAAUUUCAAGACACUAUCGGCGACUUUGCUAUACCAACUAAUAUUGGCAACCUAAAAUGUAUAAAUGGUAAUAGUUUAGGUUGUUAUUUUUGCAACGAUGUAACUGCACCUGGUAAUUCUCUUAAAGAUCGUACACUUGAUCAACAAUGCACUGUAACUCGUCCUGGAGUUUCUAAUAUUGCUGCUAGCUAUGCAGUAGAGUUACUUGUAUCCAUACUUCAACAUCCUCAGAAAGAUGCGGCACCAGCUUAUUAUUCUAAUGCUAACGACAUCGAUGCAAGUGAUAAAACCCCUGAAGGUUUACUUGGUAUCAUUCCGCAUUCCAUAAGAGGCAUGCUGUGCAAUUAUGAAAAUAUUCUGCCGGCAACGCAAAAAUUUUCUCAAUGUAUUGCUUGCUCUGAGAAAGUCAUAACAGAAUAUCGUCAACAAGGCAAUCAAUUUUUGUUUAAAGCCUUUGAAACGGCCAAAUAUUUGGAAGAUUUAACUGGAAUUUCAGAAUUCAAGGAUUUAAAUAGUGAAAUAAUAGACUUUGAUGACUCAGAUUUGGAAAUGUCAGACGAGUAGCCUUUAGAGAAAGCAUUUAGAGAAAUUAAUAUUUUUAAAUAUUUUUAAAACUACAUAUUUGUAGAAUUUGCUUAGAAUUUUUAUAUUUCAUUUGCACUCAAUUACAUUAAGAAAUGUUCACAUUGACGAAGUCCUGGCGAUUACAAAAGGCAUUUAGAUAUCAGUUUCAUAGAUAACUGACGAAAUAUCAUAAUUACAAACACUUUUUCAAUAGCGCUUUGAAUGCUUAUCUAAAACUGUUUAUAGAACAUAAAUUGAUCAUUAUAAAUUGAUUGAUCGGUUUUAUCAAACUAUAAUUAGGUCUGCUUCAGUUUUAUUUCUCUUCUUUUAUUUCUACUUAAGAAGACUAUUCUUUUACGAUAUAUAUUUGUGACAUGUCCAUUACUUGUUUGAUAUUUUUCUUACUGGAAUACAUUAAUCUGGACAGACCUGUGCAUUCAUAUAGGAAAUUAUAAAUUUUUUUACCUUCUUCUUCCCAAUAUUGGUUCUAGAGGCUGUACAAUUUUUUUAAUUGUUUUUUUUUUAAUAAAUUAAUUAGUAUUCCAUUAAUUAGUACUACUGCUACCUAGAAGCACUCCUCGACCAUUGCAACUUGACCAUUUUAUUCAAAAUAAUUUACGCUUCUGACGUAUAUUUA